AUGAAGUUACAACUCGCCUCCACUGCGCUCUUCCUCUUCACCAUCCCCGCCAUCACACUAGCGACCCCGACGCUCCACGCACGCGCAGAUUCCAAAACCCACCUCUACGUCUGCACCGACGACUCGUUCCGUGGCAACUGCAAGAACAUCGAGCUGUCGGUCACGAGAUGCUACAACAUUGAGAAAGCGUUCAAUGACAAUGUGUCGAGUGCUGGGCCAGAUGACGGCACGUUUUGUGUCCUAUAUUCAGACCGCAGCUGUCGGGGCAAGGCUAUUCCAUUCACAAGCCCGGGAAUUAGCGGCUUUGCGAAAUACAAAUUCGACAACGAGCUCAGUAGUGUGAGAUGUGAUUUUAUCUGGGGAUGGCCGAAGAAGAGCGGGUAA